AUUGCUUCGAAAGAGGGACUUUUUCUUGUUCCGCGUUUCGUGCGAGGUGCAAAGUGGAACACGGGUGGUGCGUUUUCCUUUAUUAUCACCACUUUUUAUUGCUAACGAGCAACCCAUUGCUAGCUGGCUAUGCUAAGAUCGCAAAAUUCACAGCCCACCACACCGGUGCGCUCAGCUCCAGAUACUCCUUCCCGAUCAGCCUACGGUACACCGCGCCGUACCGAUCGAACGCCCAAUCGCACACCUCAUCGGACACCUCAAAGGAUUUAUGGUAACAGAACGCCCAACAGAACCCCUCACCGAUCCGGCUACGGCAGUGUUUCUCGCCCACUCUUUCGAACUUCUGUGCGUCCGCCCGACUUCGUGGCCAUUGCUAGAGAGGAACGUCGUUUGUUAGCGGCCGAGGACACACGAUCGGCUUCAUCCGUAUCCAGCACUUUCAUGGCAUACAAUCCGGAAAAAGAACCCAUCAAGGCUUAUUUGCGCAUUCGCCCACGACCACCUCAUCAUGAAGCAGAAAUCGAGAAUCCAUACCUGCAAAUAGUCGAUGACUUGGAAGUCUCCAUGACGCCACCCGAGGAUUCUAACGCCUAUAAAACACGGAAUCGAGCACCUGAACGCUAUAAAUUUACAAAGAUCUUUACCGAAGAAGUAACACAGAAGGAUUUCUUUGACAAGACAACCUUGCCCCUCAUUGAAGAUGUGCUGAAAGGAGAGAACGCGUUGAUUUUUGCUUACGGCGUCACUAAUUCCGGGAAAACAUAUUCGAUCAUGGGUACCAAGGAAGACACUGGAUUAUUACCACGAACAUUGGAUGUCAUUUUCAAUAGCACAGAAGGGUACCUGAAUGAAUCCAACUUAAAACCGGUCAUGCAUAGUCUAGUACAGUCAUAUGAAGAUGGAGCCGAGGAAAACAGGGAUGUGCUAGAAAGUGUGGGAGUAUUUGAUACACCGCACCCAGGAACAUCGAAUCCCGAUCUGUGGGAAGGAUUUCAAACACCCGUAAGCACAGAUAGGACAGUCAUUGAAAUCGAUCAGAAAUUCGAGUACGGCAUUUGGGUCUCGUUUGCGGAAAUUUACACUGAAAAAAUAUACGAUCUUCUGGAGCCUCCGGACAGACAUCUGCGACGUAAACCUUUAUCCCUGAAAUAUGAAUUCCGUAGCGGUCACAAAUACAUUGCUGGUUUGAAGGAAGUCAAAGUGCAAUCAUUAAAGGAAGCAUAUGCUGUACUCCAUGAAGGACAACGUAAUCGUGCUGUGUUUUCAACAUUGAUGAACCACACCAGCAGCCGAAGUCACAGUAUAUUUACCAUUCGUAUUGUUCGAGUACCUAUUGACGAUGAAGAUUAUGUGAUCGAGGAUCCAUCUUAUGCAAGUGUUUCCAAAAUGUCCAUUGUCGAUCUGGCUGGCUCAGAGAGGUAUCGCAAUACGUUUAAUUCAGGACAACGCUUAAAAGAAGCUGGGAACAUCAACAAAUCGCUCAUGGUCCUCGGACAAUGUAUGGAAACGUUACGCUUAAACCAGCUAAAAGCGGCCAUUGGCAAGCGGCAAGCGGUGGUACCUUUCCGUCACAGUAAACUCACCGAACUGUUUAAAAGUUCAUUCGAAGGCGAUGGCAAAGCGGUCAUGGUUGUCAAUGUCAACCCAUUCGAUACCGGCUUUGAUGAAAAUAGUCAUGUGAUGAAAUUUGCUGCAGUAGCAAAAGAUGUGGCGACAUGGAGACGGAUUCACCCCAUAUUGGAUUUACGAGGCAUAUCGGGUUCAGCCAAGCGACCACGUUCGAACAUGAAAAAGCAAGAUAUUGGAUAUCAGUCGUUUGAAGAACUGGAUACGACGCCUAGCACGGAUGAAGAUGACGAUGACGAUGGCGAAGCUGAAGAUCCUUUUGUGGACAAUCUGAUUCACCAGCUGGAAGAUCUGCGAAACAAGUGGAUCGAUGCAGAAACACGUUGUGGUACAAUGGAAGCGGAAAUUCGUCAACAAGUGUCACAAGAGAUGGAAGUCGAACUGCGAAAAAUGGAAGAGAUCUACAUGUCGGCUUUAAAGCGCGAAAAUGAAAUGAACGAAGCCCAACUAAAAGAACACAUGGAUGCCGUGACCAAAGAUACCUCAGGCACCAGAGCACCCGCCAAUGAGGCUUUUCUGUCAGAGCUCUACGAUCGGCAAAAAGCACUUACAGAAGAAAUGGUCAAUCUGCGACGUAUGCUGCGGGAACAUGACACGACCAAACAAAGCCUUUUAACCAAGAUUGCUGACCUGGAAAAGGACAAACGACGAGAGCAGGAGGCCACACGACAGCUUAUGCAAGACUUGAAGGAGCGUGACAAAAUGGUGGAGGAACUAUCCAAACGUCCUGCACCGGUUCCUGACCGCAUGGAGGAAGACAAUCCAUUUCUUGAACCGUCUCGUCCAGAGCCUCCGAAGGCAGGGGGUUGGGAAGAUUCCCAAGGAUCACGAUCCAUGGAUGUCGAUAUGGAAGAUCCGUUCAAUCAACCUACCAAACGAUCAUCUUCAAAUGCUGUUUUCCAACGCUUUCUUGACCUUCGUAAACGGCUACGUCGAAGUAUUUUCAAGACUGAGGAGUAUUCUCCAGAGGCCGAUGUUAUUUUGAGGGAGGUCGAACAAUUCAAAGAUGUCACAUUCGAGCUUGUCAAGGAAACGAAUAUGGGUAAACUGCUAAAGCUGAUUGCUAAAAAAGAGUUUACAAAAGACCCGAGCCAUAUCAAGCAUCGUGCCAAACAAUUAUUCAAGCGGUAUGCACAGCUCACGAUUCCUGUAUUGGCUCCGCCGAAAACGCGGCAUCCGCGUGAUUCAGUCAUCAUGGUGAGUGUGGAUGCAGGCAAAGAAGAAGACCUGAUUUCCGAUAUGCGCGAUGCACUGGACACUCUGCAAGAAGAGAACCUUAAGCUGAAAAAUCGUCUCAAAACAAUGCAAGAUGGCCAUCGUCGUCUAAAAGAAGCCUUUGAAAGGACACGCGAUUUGGGUGACGAUAUCUUGCCGGAAAUGACGCCUCCAAAUGCUGUGUCGACCGCACCAAGCACAUCCAACCCAUCCAAUGCACCUGAAUCAUCAACAAAGUCACCCCAAUCACCCAACCCAGUCCAUCCGCCGGUCAUUCCUACAGAACCUGUUGAGCAAGAGGAUCAUCCUCGCGAAUCAGCGAUGUUCAGUCCCGUACUUGAAGCACCGAUGUUGCCGUUACCAAUAAGCGAUGAAGAAGAUGAGGAGAUAGCUAUGCUGUUUCGCCAAGAGGGACGCCCUAAACGGAGAAGAAAGCUUCGAGUCAGACAAACCAAACCAGACGAGGACAACGAAUCAAAUAAAAUGAUGCCCUGAUAAUUAGUUCGUAGCCAUUGGCGACACGAAAAGGUUUUAGCUCCACAUGCAAUAGCUUAAAAAAGAUGAAAAAAGAAGUAGCACCAAUACCAUUACGUCAAUGACAGCUGAGCUGCAAACCUUGGCAGUGAGAGAUCCACUGAAUGGUUCAAUCUACUGAUUCCGGAAUCACAACUCCGGUUAUGCAUUUUUAAACAUCAGCUUCAAGGUUCCCCACUUUGCAGUUAAAGGAAAAUAGGCAAAAAAAAAAUAAUAAUAAUAUAAAAGCAUAGGCAUGAGA